CACUGCUGUGGAAAAGAUGGCUGCUUCGGCGGCAACGGCGAGUUUUUCCCCCGGUUUGUGUCCAAAUUACGCCGUGAUUUGCUCCUUUCUGGAGCGGUACGGAGCGCUGUUGGACCUACCGGAGCUCACUUUUCCUCAGCUGGAGAGAUAUCUGCAGGACACUUCCUCAGUUCCAAAGCUGCUGGUUGAUCUUCACGUCAAGUUGCUGAGGAAGAUUGGCAAGUCGGUGUCGGCGGACAGAUGGGAGAAAUAUCUAGUCAGGGUGUGUCAGGAGUUCAACACGACCUGGGCAUGGGAACUCGAACAGAAAGGAUACAAGGAGCUGACGAUGGAGUGCAAGACGGGGAUACUUAAAUAUUUGUGCGAGUGUCAAUUCGACGAAAAUGUAAAGUUCAAAACUGCCAUCAACGAUGAGGACCCAGAUAAAAUGCGUCUGCAGCCCAUCGGCCGGGACAAAGACGGCCAGAUGUACUGGUUUCAACUGGACCAAGACGACAAUGUCCGGGUUUACGUGGAGGAGCAGGAUGACAUUGAUGGGUCAUCGUGGAAGUGCAUCGUCAGAGACAGAAAUGACUUGGCCGAGGUUGUUGCCCUGCUGAAGACGCAAAUUGACCCUGAACUGCUGAAGAAGAAAGACCAAGAACAGGAAAUCAAACCUGACGGUGAGGAGGACAAAGAAAAAGCAGAAGAGAAAGGUGAUACUAAAAAGACUGAAGACACACUAGAAGAAGACAGCAAAGACUCCAACAAGGCAGUUAAUCCCGUUUCACCAAAGAUGGAGAAUAAUGAAAAAGUAACGCAGAACGACAACCUGAAGUCAGAAACCUCUGAGACAAAAUCUUCACUGAAUGGCAUCAUUGAAGGCAAAACUGAGACAGAACUCCUCUCAGAAGAUAUCAGUAAAAAAGCCCAGAACAUCAAAGAGGAGCCAAUGGAGGUUUCGGAAACUAAAUCAAGCACAAGUGAACCAACAACGGCCUCCGAGGCGUCCUGUAUACCAGUAAAAACAGAAAAAGGACAGGAGGCGAAGAAGAGUAAUGCAGAGGAGAUCCAGCAGACUAUGAAGAAUGACCAACAGGCCAAAAUCCCCCUUAAAAAAAGAGGAAUGAAGUUCAGUGAAGACUUUGAGAAAAGUAGCUCCAUUAUAGUGCAAAAUCCAGCAGUUUCUAACCUCAAGGAGUCUCCUAAAGUCGAGACGACUCCUGAACAGACAAAGAAAGCUCAGACGGUAAACGAUCACGUUAAUGGUGAGGUUCAACCUUCGUCUGAGUCGCUAAAAGACACUGCUGUCGACAAAGAGCCGACGACUGAAGCAGCUGCAGAUAAAACUGUAAACAGCACAGAAAAUGAGGCUCCAGCUCCAGAAAAAGACACCACGAAAGAUGAGAAGAACGAGGCCUGCAGUGCAAAGAAGGAUUCAGAGGGAGUCGAAUCACAACAAGCAGAUGUGGAGAAGAAACCUCAAAAUGUGCAGGUUGAAAGGGAAACUGAGAAGAGGGAAGCCCACGAGUCUCUGCCACCACCGACAGAACCGCCACCUUUACCUAAAGACAUCAAUAAUGCACUGGAGAAAUCCUCUAAUCAUGAAGAGCAUGAAAAAGUCAAAGAAUCCAAACUGGCAGACACAGAACAGUCUCGUAUGGCGAACAACACGUUACAAGAAAGUGAUAAAACAUUAACAGCUGAUGAGUCAGAGAGCCUAAAUUUAAAUCAUGAAGUCAGACCCAAAGAGGCUGAGUCAAAAGAUUCAGAAAAGUCCGAGGAGAAGGCAGACGGUGUUGACAUGGACACGUCCGAGCCAAGCCAGACUAAAGAAACAAAGUUGGAAGAAGAUGUAAUGGAAAAAGAAACCAGUGACGCUAAAGAAACUGAGGCAAAUAUCGAGAAAUCAGAAGAGUCAGCGCUGAAAGAGAAGCAGGAAGAUGUUAAAACAACAGACAAAGAUCCUGCAGAGAAAUGCGCUGACUCUGAAAGCACUGAAUCAACAUCUGUCAUUAAAAAAUCAGACAAACCAUUAAUUAGUGAGAAAUCGGAAGAAAAAGCCAAUGCGAAGGAAAGCGUGGAGCCUCCUGUCGUCGACAAGGAAGACAAAUCAGAAACAUGUAAACCUGCCGAGAAGCAGGACAACUUCAAAGAAGCAGAGGUGACUGCUCAGAAAGCCAGUGAAGCCUGCCAGACAAAGACGGAAAAGCCAGAAGACGUAAAGAAAGCUGUCAACUGUGAAGACGGCACGAUGCAUGAUGUCACAGAGACAAGCGACUCUGCAUCUGGGCCUGUGGCGGCUGAAGCAUCAGGCGUUAAACACGAUCUGACAAAGCCACACGAGGAUGAGACAACUGAGAAAACUGAGACAAAGUCUCCUGCACAUGAGAUGAUGGAGGAAGCAUCUGAAGGCAAAGAUAAACCAAGCAGCCCCGUUGAGAAGACAAUUGUCUCUGAAGAAACUGAUAAAGAACCCGAAAGACCAGAGACAGAGAAGGAGAAAGUGUGUGAAGAAGAGCCGAAAAAAGUAGAGGCAGAGUAUCUGUCGUUAGAAAGAAAAAAGGAUGCUGACAAGGCAAAUGAAAAGGAUACAGACAGUGAAAAGCUUUCAAACGACAAAGAAAAUAAAAGGGAUUCCACAACAGAAAAACUCUCUGAAACUGUGGAAACAAAGGAGGAGAAACGAACUCAGAAAGAGAGUAAAACCUCAACCGCAGCAGAAGAAUCUGGAGACCAAAACAUGAGCAAAGAUGCUGAAUCCUCAAAAGAAACAGAAAAACCCCUGAGCAAACAGCCAGCCAGCGAUACUGAAAAGGAAGGUAAAGAGAAAAGCGAGGAGUUGGACACUGCAAAAGCAAAAAAAGAGGUGACGAAUGGAGGUGAAACUCCAGCAGAUUUUAAGAAAACAGUUUCCCGUCGUAGAAACAAGCCUCUAGCUCACCGACGGAAAGCCGAGCUCCAGAGAGAAGAGCGACAAGGAGACUCCGAGUCUGAUACAAACACUGGGAGGUCUCUUCGAAGGUCGCCGAGGAUCUCCAGACCGACACCGAAGGUGGUCGAGAUCCAGGACAAGAAGAUGGAGAAGCAGCAGGCCGUUCCUCCGUCUGAGAAACAGGACGACAACAAGGCAGAGAAGGAAAAAGAUAAAGAGGACGAGGAGGAAGAAGAAGAAGAGGAGGAGGAGGUGAAGACUGUUCAGAAGAAGCCAAGAGAGAAGAAGCCAGAUCAAGAGGGUCAGACGAAACCAAAGGGCCGAAAAAGGCGGAAGGUUCGGUGGUCCAACACAAGGACGCGCCGCAAAAAGAAAGACUCCGAAGACGAGGACGACAACAGUGACGAGGAGUCCAGCGAGGAGGAGGAAAGCGAGGAGGAGGACGAUAGCGAUGAAGACUACAAGGUUGAGCGAAGCAGAAAGAGGCGGAACCGGAACCGGGAGAGACGAAGCUCGGACUCAUCAACGUCUACGGAUGAUGAUCUACCUCCAAAUGAUGACCCUUGCAAACACUGCGGUCUUCCAAAUCACCCAGAACUGAUCUUGUUGUGUGAUUCGUGUGACAGCGGCUACCAUACAGCCUGCCUGAGGCCUCCACUCAUGAUCAUCCCCGAUGGAGAGUGGUUCUGUCCGCCCUGCCAGCAUAAGCAGCUCUGCGACAAACUCGAAGAGCAGCUCCAAAACCUCGACGCUGCUUUGAAAAAGAAAGAACGAGCUGAGAGGAGGAAAGAGCGCCUAAUCUACGUUGGAAUCAGUGUCGAGAACAUCAUCACGCCCUCCGUGGAGGUGGAGGAGGAGAGGCCAGAGAUCGUAAUCAAAGAGAAGAAAGAACCGAAGCUGAAGAAUAAGAACAGGGGCCGCCGGUCGACGAGGGCAAAGAAAACCAUCAGCUACAGAUUUGAUGAAUUCGAUGAGGCGAUCGAGGAGGCCAUAGAGGAAGAUAUCAAAGAAGCGGAAGGUGGAGGAGCUGGUCGAGGUAAAGACAUGGCCAACAUCACAGGCCACAGAGGAAAGGACAUGUCCACCAUCCUCCAAGCAGAGGAGGGAAAAGAGAAUGGACGGCCGCCUCGACCCACCGUCAGUCAGCGCAAAAAGAAACGCCGGCGACUCAACGACCUGGACAGCGACAGCACCGUGGACGAGGAGGAGAGCGAGGAAGAGUUCCGCCUCAGCGAAAGCUCAGAAGAAGAGUUCGUUGUAUCGGACAAUGACUCUGAAGCCGAAACGGAGCCGGAGUCCAACGACAGCGACUUCGGCAGCCACAGCAGUGGCAGACGUCUCGCCUCCUCACGGACCAGGAGGCCACCGAAACGCCGGCGAAGCUCCAGAAAGCGACGAAGACCGAGAGGUUACUCGGACGACGAAGAGGACGAGACGGACGAGGAAGACGAAGAUGAAAUAGUGACCGAAGGCUCCAGCGAGUUCAGCGACAGUGAUCUGGAUAUGAGCCGACGGCGGUCUCGGCGGCACCAGAAGAAGCAGGUGAACUACUGCGAGACGUCCGAGUCUGAAGGCUCUCAGGCAGAAACCAACCGAGCCAAGAUGAGACCUCGACAUCAGGCAGACAGCUCCGAUAGCGACGCGAGUUUCUCCAGAGACUCUGAGGAGGAGUCAAGGGAUCGGAGGCUGAAGAGGAGAGCCGACUCCUCAGAGGAAGAUUCCCGGCAGCGGCGCAGACGUCUUGCACUGAAACGCAGGAGAGCGUCUGAGGACGACGACUCGGACGACGACUCGGACGAGUCUUCAGAGGAGGACCGCCCUAUCCGUAAGCGGGUGAACCGCAUCGACUCGGACGACGACGACGAGGAGGAGCCGGAGGAGAAACCAAAGGAGAAGAAAGCAGAGGAGGAGUCAAAGGGAACAAACCCACUGGACUGCAAUCUGGCUGAGCUGCCACCAACCAACGGACAGAGCCCGAUUAAGAGCCCCGAGGGCCUCAUCAGCCGGUCUGCAGCCGCCGCUCCGGCUGUCAUCCCAAAUCUGGAGGCGCCCAAAAACAUCAGUGCUGUGCCAGCCGCUGCCAUAGCACCAAACGGGCUGGUCGGCCAGGACAUGGCAGUGCAGGACGAUGAUGAAGACGACCUGUUAGGAGUCACAGACCUCGUGGACUACGUCUGCAAUAACGAACAAUUGUAAAAAUGGUGUACUGUUCCUUUUUUUUGUGGUAUUGUAUUUUUAUAUUGCUUAACUUUAUUAUUCCCUCCCAUGCCAACAUCCUCCACGGCGUCCUUUUUACUUGUGUCAUCCGGAGCUUGAUUCUUGGCACCAACAGCCGGAACUGGAUCCCUGUCACCAGUCUGUCCCUGUGGGAUUAAGGAACCAAUAAGGGCACUAACAUAUCGUCUCAUUUGUCUGGUAAUAAUAACCCUCAAACCACGUGCAUCAUCCAGCUCCACUGCCAAACCACCUCCUUCCUCUAAACGUCUCACUCAUUUCACUUCUGUUUUCAUUUUCUACAUCUGGGAUUUGUAACGGAAGUCUAAAGCCGUUAUUUGACUGGGAAAUUUCAUUCCAAAACUGAGGUGAAUUUCUGUGCAUCAAUCAGCAUUUUUUUCCUUUAAGAAAGCAGAUGUUAGGAAAAGUGCUGGUUCACCUCAAAGCAGAGAAGAUGAAAUCAUGUCUUUAUCGUAAAUAUGAAGCUGCAGCCCGUAGCAGGUUAGCUUAGCUUAGCACAAACACCGAUCUACUUUCAAUAAGCUGCAAGAGAGCUCCUUUCGACUGGUCGACAGGUCUAGUUUGUAGACACUGAGUCCACCUUCUGCUCUGUUCUCAGUCUUUAAAAAUGUGUUUUAACCAUUAACUAAUCAGGACAUGCAUGAUGUUUGAUAAAAUCCAAGGCAAUCGUGACGUAAUGGCAAUUACAAGAAAGUCUGAUUAGCAUUCAGAUGUUCUGACGACGAUAAAUCCACCCACUGGCACUUUUAAAGCUUUUAAAAUCUCACUAAUUAACACUUUAUAUAUCUUGUUUGUUACAUAUUGAGCUUUGGAGGCGCUGUUAGUGGAUUUUGUUUGCUGGUUUAACUGUUUUCAGUCUUUGCUAAGCUAAUUGGCUGCUGGAUGGAUCUUAUAUUUGAGUUAAAGAUGUGAGAAUUCUGGUUUAAUCUCCUUUGAUGAGACUAAUUCUUCUUCUUCCUGUCAUAUUUGAUAAGCUAUAAUCACACACCACAGCUGGUCAGAUGCUGGUGUUUACGCAAUAUUCCCUGUUUGUUGUUUUAACCCUUGAUAUUAAAACUAUAUAUUGGACCCCUUGCGUUGUAUGAAGGUGUGAAUGUAUAUAUGUGACCAACCCGUCAGUCCUUCCUCCCUUUCUUUGCUAAACGAUAGAGUAGUUUAUGUAUAUUGUACACAUACAUAAUUAUUUUAACUUUGUGCGCUGCCAUCAGUGGUAAAAUCUCACUUUUUAAUUUUGUCAGAGGAAACAAAAUCAAAAACCGUUUGUCCCUCCUAUUUUCAAGAUCUAGUCUAGCGUCUUCUUACAUUUACGUUGUGAUUUUGUUUUUAAUAAUGAUGUAAUUUUUUUUAUAUCUAAACCUUUAUUUGUCGUUGUCUCUUUGACAAUAAUGUAAAGUGUCUUAUUAUCUUUGUACAUCCAUCGACUGUUUAAAAACCUUAUUAGCUAAAAUAACCCUCAGCUGCAAAACAAACCCCAUUUUCUUCUUUUUUUUUUUUUUUAUUCGUUUGUUUCUUGCUCUGCUUUCCUGUCCUCUCUGUUUAAAAUCUUGAGCUGCCGUUCUGGUCGAGUUGUUGCCGGACAUCAGCCAGAUCGAGAUUCUGCAAAAAUAAUUUGUUUUGAAAGGAUGCAGUUUUUGAAUGGGGGAGGAGGGGAGGAUAAAGGAAAAUCAAACCAAUGACUUCACUGACCUCUGCUGGAACCAGUCUGUGUGUAUAUCUGUAGUUUUUGCUGUAAUAUAUUUAGAGGCAUUUUUUUAAUCAUGAAAAAAUAUAUCGGGGCAAUUCUUUGGGAUUGCAUGAGUUUCUAAUAGUUUUUUUUUGUAGGGGAAGUGAUACUGGCACAACAGUUUUUGUAACAAAAUCAGAAAACUUUGGCAUGUUUCGAGAAGGUCUCCUCACCUGAAGGAGACUCAGCAGCAUCGUUUGCAGUCAGACUGCGUUGGAAAGCAUGCGCUAACCUACUAAAGGCAUGUUGAGGGCGUUAGAAAAUAAUCUAGGACAGCUGAAGGAGAGGAGAUGAGGCCUGUUUGUAAAAUAUUUUGUAAAUUAGUCUCAGCAUGGUCUUCACAGAGGAUAAACCACUCUAUUUAUCGUACCGUUUUUGAUACUGGCCACGGCCCCAACGUGACUUCUAACGCAAAAACCUAUAUGUGCUGCUUGCAGUGCAUACAACACAGGCUUCUAUACACGAUAUUUAGCUUCUAGAUUAGUUGGACAGAAUAUAGCGAAACCCAAUUCUACAAAUGUACUAGAGGUGUGUGUCCUGGUGGGUCAAGGAAUGUCUGUGCUGUACGUAACCCUGUUUAUAUUCUCCACAGAGACGAGGAGGAUGCGUUCAUGUGUCUCUCACAGUUAUGACAUAACCAGUAGCAAGAGCUGCGUAGGAAUGAAGAGGGGAGUAAAGGCCGUGAUGGGGUUGAGGGAUGAAGUUGGUGCCAAUGACUGAAGUGUUAACAGAGUUUCCUAUUUACCUCAUGAUGAAUCUGGGAGGAAAGACACCCUGUCCACUGUGUAUAGGUCCUAGUAGACUGGUUGUUGGUGUUUUGUCUGCUCCUUAAAUUUUUGUUAACUUUACUGUUAUUUCUUAUGAAUCUGAUCUUGUACAUUUGUCAUAAUAAAAUGGGUUUGAAGCCUCA